AUGUUGUUCAGUGAUGUUACGCUUGUCAAUAGUGUAAAAAUUGGACGCCCUCUACUUGAUCCUCUGAUCGACAAUGUUUUAUCUGGUCGAAAUAUGAACAAAACUCAUCUCGUCAUACAGACCAUUCGGUUAACACAGCUCAAGGCAUUCAAGCAAUGGACGCUACUCAAAUGUAUGGUACAGGCUCUUACGUUGAACUAUUCAAGUGGUAUAAAAGUACUAACACAAACCUGUUCCAGCGUUGCAAGACGUGACCUCUACAAUGAAGAUAAUGAUUCCGCGGCAUCAUCUACAAAGUUGGAAGAAGAGAUGACGCCCAAGUUUGAAUUUGUAACGGUGGAUCAGACCAGUGAAACCCAGGGUAAAGAUAUAGGUGAAGGUGCUAUGGUAGAAGAAGAAGUAUUCGAUUUCCCACUGUUCUCCUUUGGCGGAAAUAUGGAUAUUAUAAAUGACCGUGAUCCAUCCGAUGAUCUAUCGGAAAAUCAGGAGCGAUCGAGAGGACGGAAUCCUACGCGGCUCAUCAAAGUUUCACUGAGGGAGGAAUCGCCCGAUCUCGUGCAACAGGAACGGCCUCGUAGCUACUAUUUUGCUGACUUCUCUCAAGACGAUAUCAAAAGAUUCAGAAUCAGUGCCAUAGACUAUGAAGUAGCGAUUCAAGAUCAUACCUUGCCGACGUCUGAGUCUGCUACCGUCGACAAGCGAUUUCCCAUAAAUUUGGAUCAGCAUAAUAAAAAGAUUGAAGCUGAGCGUCUUCGCGAACUCAAGGUAAGGCGAAGACGGCCCGGGAAGAAGCAGCGAGAGGCAAGAAAACAGGGCGCUGAACGAUUAAAACAGAGGUUGCAAAGUGCAAAAGACGUCAAGAAGCUUGUUAAAAAGAAGUUUCACAAGCGUGGUGGUAAAAAAAACCAUAAAACUACCGAGAUGGUGGCAAAAUAG